GACUUUCUGCUGCAGGUUUGGCGCAAACUUCCCGUGUGGGCGGGCUGUCCAGGAACGCAUUCCCAUUGGCUAAAUUGUGUUUGACUGACAGCUGCGCUCAGCCAUUCCCUACUCGGAUUCUGGGGGACUGUUUGCCGAGUGGCCGAUCCACUGACGGGAAACAAGGAUCGAGCGGACUUCGGAACAAAAAUAAAAGUGUGUGUGCAGAGCUGUGAUAUGGGUGUGUGAGCUAGGUCAGAGGUGUGUGUGUGUUGGAUAUUAGAGGUGUGGUAUUGCUAUGGCAUGAAGGUGUGUGGGUAAGUUUGCGAUUAUAGGUGUAGUAUAGGUGCGUGUGUGUGUGUGCAGUAUGGCGAGUGUGUGGGCAGUGGUGAUUCCUGCACUGCAGACCUUCUUCCUGGCUCUGCUGCUGCUCCUCAUGCUGCCUGCCAUGUUCGGCCUCUCUCUCGGCAUCACUGAGACAUACAUGAAGAUUCUCAUCAAAACAUUGGAGUGGGCAACACUGAAGAUUCAGAAGAGGAAUAGGGAAGAGGAGACACUGAAAUACUCGACAUCUUAUGGUCUGAUCCAGCGAGACAACUCAUCUUUGGAGAAGGAGAUCGGGGAGCUGCGUCGCAAUAGGCCAAGGUCGGGGGUGGGCGGGGCCUUUGCGUUCAGUGAUGUGUUCUACUUCAGUAAGAAGGGGAUCGAGAGCAUCGUGGAGGACGAAGUGACUCAGAGGUUCAGCUCCGAGGAACUCGUGUCCUGGAACCUACUCACAAGAACCAACAACAACUUCCACUACAUCUCACUGCGUCUCACCGUCUUGUGGGGGGUUGGAGUCAUUGUCCGCUAUGGCAUCCUGCUGCCUCUCAGGAUCAUGUUGGCGUGUAUCGGCCUCAGCUGGUUGGUCACCGGCACCACAAUGGUGGGGUUUCUGCCCAACAGCAGGGUAAAAGAUUGGCUCAGUGAACUCGUGCACAUCAUGUGUUACCGCAUCUGUGCUCGAGGCCUUUCAGCCACAAUCCACUACCACAACAGAGAGAACAAGCCGAGGAAAGGAGGAAUCUGUGUCGCCAAUCACACGUCUCCCAUCGAUGUGGUGAUUCUGGCCAACGAUGGAGGAUACGCCAUGGUGGGGCAGGUCCAUGGUGGUUUGAUGGGUGUGGUUCAGCGAGCGAUGGUUCGAGCAUGUCCACACAUCUGGUUUGAGAGAGCGGAGAUGAAAGAUCGCCACCUGGUGACACAGAGACUGAGGGAUCAUGUGAACGACAAGAACAAGCUGCCUAUCCUCAUUUUCCCCGAGGGAACCUGCAUCAAUAACACGUCUGUCAUGAUGUUCAAGAAGGGGAGCUUCGAAAUCGGAGGCACCAUCUACCCUGUAGCCAUAAAGUAUGACCCUCGGUUCGGUGAUGCGUUCUGGAACAGUGGGAAGUACAGCAUGGUGAGUUACCUGCUGAGGAUGAUGACGAGCUGGGCCAUCGUCUGUAACGUCUGGUACCUACCACCCGUGACCCAGCAGGAAGGAGAGGACGCUGUGCAGUUUGCUAACAGAGUGAAGUCUUUGAUUGCAAGACAAGGAGGACUGGUGGACUUGUCCUGGGACGGUGGUCUUAAGAGAGCCAAAGUGAAGGACUCGUUAAAGCAGGAGCAGCAGAGGAUGUACAGCAACAUGGUGGUGGGAGACGACAGCAGCGACUGAACACUAAAAUCAGCCAAAACACCAAACCCUCUAAUCAGACACUCAGAGACUGUAACCGACCAAUCAGAUCAGGUCAUGGGGUCUAACGUCACCAAUUAUCCAUAGUAAAGCCACAUGGAGGAGGUCCUCGUUCUACAACUGCGUAAACAGAGUUCCCGUGGGUCCUUAAAAAGUCUUAAAUACAACUUUCGGUUUUCAAGGCCUAAAAACAUCUUAAAUUGUUUGGAAUGAGUGGAAUUUUCGAAAGGGAGGUAUUAAAUUUAAUAUUGGACCGAACGAGUGAAAUAUCUCCAUCUGGUUUGGGGUAUUUUUUUAACCGUAAUUUUAAAAGUGACCAGCGUACCUUUUGGGGGUGGCAUUGGUUCUGUGCGUUCUGUGCAUUCCGUAGAUCAAGAACUAACGUUAGGAAACUACUGGAGGAAGUGUGGUGUGGUGCGGUGGUUGUGAAGAGUGAGAGAUGCGUGGGUAUUAAUUAAUAUAGCUAAUAAGUAGUGAUUAAUCAAAUGUUAUAAAAUUGAGUUAAUUUUUUAAAAAUUAUUAUUAAAAAAGUAAUUAUUAUUAUUAAUGAUUAUUUUUGAAUAAUGAACAUUGAUAUAACAAUUGCACUGAUGAUAAUUAGUUUAGUUAUUACAACACAUUGAUUAAUAUUGAUAAUGGUUAUGAAAGGUGACAGUUGUUUUUCUGUGUUUAAUGUAACGCUCUGAUGAUUGUAUGACUGCAUAAACAGGUUUACGCUGUUCCCUGCUAUAAUGCAGAAGAUACUCGAGAACUUCCUCAGCCAGCUGUAUACUGUACCACACUCACACUGAUUUUGCUGUCGGACACAAAAUCACACAUCAAGGAUAAUCUUUGGGGAUUGAAAUAAUGCCGGCUAAGUUUGUUCAGCUGGUUCUACUUGCCGUUUAUUGUUUUCAUUUUUGAAAUGAUUCAUGGUGUUUUCUCCAGUAAACUCCAGUCUUCUCCUUGCUGCUACAGUAGUUCUGCAGACCCAAAACGUACGACUUUGCUUCAGCUGUUUGCAUGUCUAACAGUUGCCAUUGAUGCACCCUGUUGUUCACCAAUUGUGUGCAUUCUUCUUAAAGUUCGUAAAAAAAACUAUUGCAGAAAACAGUUUUAAGUUGUCGUAUUUAUCAUUUUCUUUGCCAUGGUACAGUCUUAAUUUUUCCAUUUAGAGGUCUUGAAAAGGUCUUAAAAGUCUUUAAAUUUGUACUUGAAAAAUGUGCAGAUACCCUGGUAAAGGCAGCCAUGUUGGAUGCAGAUUGAAUGACAGGCACUAUCAUAACAAUAAGACUGAUCUCAGGGCUUGUUCUGACUCUCUUCAGAACUUAUACUCAGUGAAAAUGUGGAUUAUGGACGAGAUGUUUAUGUAGAAAUGGAACUAAUUUUUGUUGAAAUGUUAAUUCAGUUCUAACAUGGCCAAAAGUGUCCUUUUGUUUUACAGUCACUGUUUAUUUCAUUAAUGACAUCAGAAUCAUUCUACUGAAUUAUUUAUACCAAAUGCUGAGGUUUAAUUGUUUUUAAUAAAUGUACUAGAUCUCUAA